AUGCGGAUGCAGAACGAGCAGGAUAAGCUGGAUUAUCCACAUUUUGCCCUCAUCUACAUAGACUGGGCCGGCAACCUGCGCCACGAAGCUUCCAAGUCCAUCGCUAAUAGCCGCGAGACAAUUCUGUCCCUAGGGGUCACAGAUGCCUUUCUGCGAGCUGUGGUGUGGUCAAAUGAGGCUGUAGUAUCACAUUCCCUAGCCAAGCAGGGAACCAUAACACUAGCAUCAACCAGAAUGCCACCCAGUGGACAGAUCCGUAUCAACCCACACUUAAACCGUGCUCCUAAUACCGCGGAGGUCCUGAGAGCUGAAGGAUACCAUAGUGUCCCUGUGCCGCCAGUGAAUUUAAUCCAGCCAGCAGUGUGGCCACAGCAUCAAGCUGCCCAGCAAGAGAUCCGGCAUCGCUGGUCUAGGCAAGUUACCAAACAACAACCUAGGCCGAAGGCCUGGAGCCAGAAACUCAAUAUGAAUAGCCAGCAGAAAACAUUAAUCUCGAUUAGAGAUAAAUACUUCCUUCGUCAGUACUAUGAGAAGGCCUUCCAAAAUCUACAGCAGAUAAAUUGUCGAGUCCUGGCAAAGGCUUACGUCAAGCUUGUUGAGCCACGCAAGCAAGUUCACUACCCCUAUAAUGGACGGAAGAUUGUUGCAGGUAGGACUCAACAGUUAGAGCCCGAUGGGACCAAGCCACCAUGGUGGCCGUCUGGAGUGAAUCACCGCGAGCCUGAUCAUCUCCUAAAGGCCGAACGCAUUAGGCUCCUAGUCCACAUUCUUUGCCAGCUCCAGACCAGCCAUGGAAUUACCGCCCGCAGACUCAAAGAAGCCGACCAGUCUAUCCGUCGCCAAAUCUCCCCAGCCAACCGAUUAGAAAUACUCGAUGAGAUCUACCAGGUUAGGGAAGAGGAAGAGAAGUUUCUAGAGGGGACCAACGACGUGAACACCAUGGUGUCAAUUGUGGCAGCGAACCUUCCCGUCGCAUUGGAGACCCCUGUCAGUCAAGGGGGAGGCAGCAGAAAAAGGACCACAAUUGAAGAGAUAUCCGGCCACAAACAGAUACAACCCACGGAAAACACGGCCAUACGCCCUAUCCGGGGAAUUAACGCACCCCAACCUGCCUUUACGACUUGCAAUCUACCCCCGAACUUGUCCCCGGGCAACCCUUGGCCACCCUCCCAUAAUCAGAAUUCGUAUCUUAGCCAAGGCUUUCCAAUACACCCCGUUAUUGACUCUGGCGCAUCAUCAUGGAUGUCGGAACAAGUUAUAAGGCGGAAGCGCCAGUGCGUGGAGACAGAACCGCCUACCACGACCAGCCUUAAUACAACAGGGUGCAACUCACCUAUAUUAGUGAGCUCCCAUCUAUUUAUGCCAGAACCAAACGAGAAGCUUCAGAAUUUCCAAAAUCAGGGCAUCCCGACCGCACCGCAGCCUGUUACAGAGCUAUAUGGAGAGCCUACUGAUCCGUCGUGUGCGUUCCCAUCAUAUUUCGACGCUUCGUCUCUUUGCUCACCCUAA